GAUUAACCUACUAUUUCAUAACUUAUUUAAAUAUAAAUGGAAUGCUCCCCAUAAAAUAGCUUAAUCCGGUAGCCGACAGCCGAAAGUUGCAUACGCAAAUUCAAGCUUAGACAUUUGAUGUUUCUAUCAAUAAAAAGCUCCCAUAAAUAACACAAAUAUUUGAAUAUAUAGACAAUCGGGUUAAUUCGAAACCUGCUUGGAGACGUUACUUUUUUACGAUUAGUUUUACGAUUCACUGUUUGGUUCAUGUGGUCUAAUUAAAAUGUCUCUACAGAGGCGUACCCAGGAUUUCCCAAGGCGAUGGGUCUAUAUCUAAAAAAAUAAAAUAAACCAGUCCCCAUCAACAGAGCUUGUACUUGAAGCCUAGCUUCUCCACUUUUUUGCAAAUGCACACCUUUCUUUUUUCAAAAUCUCAGAGAAUUGGCUCAAAAUUGGGUACGGUUGCACCCCCUGGGUAAGCCCAUGCUUUACAUUAGAGGAAAGUUUAUCAAUCCAUGCAAUUGGCAUAGUAAGCCAAUCUACCAAUAGGCAUGAGGCAACUGCUUGUUGAUAUACGUCCAUGCUUACACUAGAGAAAUUUUUUCAGACCUAUUAUCAUUUUCACUUAUAUAGAUGUCGUCCGUGCCUAUUCACAAGCAGGAUUGUUUGGCUUUCGGGUUGGGCUUUUAGAUAUAAGCUACAUAUUAAAUAUUUGAACCGGAUGUACAAAAUCAAUUUAUCCUUCUUCCCUGGCCACGACCUUGUUACUAUAUGACAUGAGAACAAACACAAAUGGAUGAAUAUGUUGUUACCAUGACAUUCACAUGACGUCACAAGGAUCAUUCCUGGAACAAAUUCAAAGGAUGAAUGGUGGACGUUUGAUUUGAUUUUCAGACUUUUUCAAACCAAAUUAAAAUUAUGAGAACAUUCAUGUUUAUAUCCUGUUUUAUUGUGUUCUUAUGUAACUUUGUGACUGGACUCCCAUUGCAAAAGAGUCCUCCCAGGGGGUUACGACAAUGCAUGAACAACACCGACUGUCACUCUAGUGGAUACGUGUGUCUGAAGGUGGCCCUGUUUAACGACCUGUUUGCCUUCGUCGAAGAUCCAUUUAAACAGCGGAUUGGAGGAUGGUGUGUAGACAAGAUUGCCACCAAGCAGUUUCUUAUAGAACAGACACAAGCUGAUCCUUUUGACAAAAGAGCAUCGACCGAAUCUGAAAUCAAAGAGCAACUGGUGGAAGUUAAAUCCCGAAAUGGGAAUCCCAAUAUGCAUCUAAAUGACCCGCAUGCGUUUGAAAAACAAAUGCCAAACCCACCCAUAAUUAAAGAUAUAAAACGAACACGCAAAUAUAAAGAAUAUGUAAAACGGCCAGACAAACGUACAAAAUAUGUAAAACGGCCAGACAAAUUAAAAAAUGCAAAACUGUUACAUAAAUCCAGAAAAUAUGCAAAACGGCCACACAACUCUAAAAAAGAUUUUAAACGGCCAAACAAGUAUACAAAAAAUCCAAACCGACCACGAAAACAAGGUAAAGAUGUAAAACGGGCACACAAAUCUACCAAAAAAUUAAAACGGCCACACAAAUAUACAAAAGAUGCAAAACGGUUACACAAAUAUACAAAAGAUGUAAAACGGCCACAUAAAUAUACGAAAGAUGCAAAACGGUCACACAAAUAUAAAAAAGAUGCAAAACGGCCACACAAAUAUAACAAAGAUGCAAAACGGCCACACAACUCUACAAAAGAUUUAAAACGGCCAAACAAGUAUACAAAAAGUACAACCCGACCACGCAAACGUGGAAAAGGUGUAAAACGGACACACAAAUAUA